UCCCCGCUUGCUUCCUUCCUGUUCCGGGCGAGGGCCUGAGUCACUGGUCCCGGUGUCUCCUCCGAGCCUCUCUGUCUGUCUGCCUGCCUCCCUUCGCCGUCUCCGCCAUGCCCCUAGAAAACCUGGAGGAGGAGGGCCUGCCCAAGAACCCGGACCUCCGCAUCGCCCAGCUCCGCUUCCUCCUCAGCCUCCAGCCCCGGCGCCCGGAACCGGCAGCCCGGCAGGAGCUCAUGGACGCCAUCCGGAAACACGACAUGGCCCCCUACUAUGAGUCCCUCUGCAAGUCUCUUGAGUGGCAGGUAGAUACCGAUCUGUUAAAUAAGAUGAAGAAAGCCAAUGAGGAUGAGCUGAAGCGCCUGGAUGACGAAUUGGAAGACGCAGAGAAGAACCUGGGGGAAAGUGAAAUCCGUGAUGCCAUGAUGGCUAAAGCAGAGUACCUCUGCCGAAUUGGGGACAAGGAAGCUGCUUUGACAGCCUUUCGGAAGACAUAUGACAAAACUGUGGCUCUGGGACAUCGGCUGGAUAUUGUGUUCUAUCUGCUCCGAAUUGGCCUGUUUUAUAUGGACAAUGACCUCAUAACACGGAACACUGAAAAAGCCAAAAGUCUAAUAGAGGAAGGAGGAGAUUGGGACCGACGGAAUCGUCUUAAGGUCUACCAGGGUCUUUACUGUGUCGCCAUUCGAGACUUCAAGCAGGCAGCUGAGCUCUUCCUGGACACAGUUUCAACAUUUACAUCAUACGAACUUAUGGAUUACAAAACCUUUGUCACAUACACAGUCUAUGUCAGUAUGAUUGCAUUAGACAGGCCUGACCUUAGAGAGAAGGUGAUCAAAGGGGCAGAGAUUCUAGAAGUGUUGCACAGUUUACCCAAAGUGCGACAGUAUCUUUUUUCACUCUAUGAAUGCCGGUAUUCAGUUUUCUUCCAGUCACUGGGUAAGGCAGUGUUUCUUCUUUUUUCUGGUCUGCCAGAUUUAGACACUAAUGCAGUUUUUUUUUCUUUUGAAAACAGGGAGCUUUCAAGAUUUAUUGCUGCUGGGAGAUUACACUGCAAAAUAGACAAAGUCAACGAAAUAGUAGAAACCAACAGGCCUGACAGCAAGAACUGGCAGUACCAAGAAACAAUAAAAAAAGGAGAUUUGCUGCUAAACAGAGUUCAGAAGCUUUCUAGAGUAAUUAAUAUGUAACUUUUUU